CGACACAAAAGGAACUGAUAACCAUCGAGAACCGAAACCUCAAACGCAAAGAUUGGCUUUGCUCUUUUGUUAUAGAGAGCAAAAACAAAACUAAAACAGAAUCUCCGACAUGGAUUUCUCAGAACAAGAUGUGGAUGUCUUCGGAGAAGACUAUAACAAUAACGACAGCAAUAACCACGAUGAUUCCCACGAAUCCUCUUCCUCUCAUUCAUCUUCGUCAUCAUCCUCCGCUUCAUCAUCAUCUUCGGCUUCUUCUUCACCCAACGGCAGCGGUGGCGGUGAGAGCAGCAGCGCAAGUGGAAGCGCAAGCAGCGGAGAAGAAGAAACUGGAGAAGAAGUAGGCAACGUUAAUGCCAAUAAUUACGAUUGUAAUAAUAAUAGUGAAGAGGGUAUUUACGGGGAUGAAGAAGAAGAUGAAAGAGAUCUUUUUGGGUCUGAUAAUGAAGAUUACUGUAAAACCCCUGCCACAAGCCCUUUCUCUAUUCCUGUAUUGCCUGUUAUUCGUAAUCCAAAUAACCCGGGGAGAGGGGGUUUUGGACGUGGUCGCUGGCAGAAUGAUAGAGGAGCAGGCAUCCUUGGCCGUCCUGGUUAUCCUCCAAGGCAAGGUUAUGGGUAUGGAUCCAAAUUUGCAAAUGGACGUCACGAUGAACGUUUUGUUUCGGAACUAAAGCUUUCAAAGAGUGAGGAGACUUUAUCUAGAAAAUGCAUUGCUUUUCAGGAACCAUGUGAACUUGCUUGCUAUAGCCGUGUAGAAGGUGGAGAUGUCUACUUUGAUGACCGCAGCUUGAGACUUUUUAAGCGUCUUAUUACUGAAGAUAUUGGAGCUGAUCUCAAUCAAGGUUUCAAUACCUUUAUUGAAAAAAAAGAUUUAGGGUCUGAGGGUUUUGGCGACCUUCUUGCUUGCAUAAGAGACAAAAAUAUCCCUCUUCAAAACAUUCAUUUUGUGACUUUUCGCAACAAUCUUAAUAAGAUAAUGGCUACUGCUUAUAUUAGAAAUGAGCCUUGGGAAAUGGGAGUGCACAAGCGGAAUGGUGUUGUCUAUCUUGAUGUGCAUAAACUGCCUGAGAGGCCACGAAGUGAGUUGGAUCGUCAAAGAUGUUAUUGGGGGUAUUGUUUUGAGAGCCUUGCCACUGAAGAUCCAAGAAGAGCUGAUGGUGAAGAGAUACAUCAUAUUGAUGCAAAUGCUGAAUACUGUUCGGUGAUUAAAACCAAAUUAGGGGCUCAUCGUAUUUUGAUGGGCGCUGAAAUGGACUGCUGUGAUUCAACAGAUGAGGGAAGAAGAUUUUAUGUGGAGUUGAAAACAAGUCGUGAGUUGGAUUAUCAUACAGAGGAAAGAUAUGAAAGAGAGAAACUGCUUAAGUUUUGGAUUCAAUCAUUCCUGGCGGGUGUUCCUUAUAUUGUUAUUGGAUUUAGGGAUGAUGCAGGCCGACUUGUACGCACUGAGAGACUAAGAACCAAAGACAUAACCCAUCGAGUGAAAAUGAAGAACUACUGGCAGGGAGGAGUCUGCCUGGCAUUUGCUGACGAGGUAUUGUGCUGGCUUUACGGAACAGUCAAAGAGAAUGAGGACUACGUAUUGCAAUUCGCACCACCAUUCAGCCGGUUAGAGCUCCUACAAGCACAAUUUUGCCCUGAUGCAAUUACUAACCACGUUGAGCAACUGUAGCCAUUAGAAAACUUGCAUGUGACUUGUAAUUCAGAUAGUUCACAAUACAAGGAUUUAUAAGGAAAGUGAUGGGGUUAA